AUGCACCGCAUCGUGAUACUAAUGGCGGUGCUCACGAGUGCCAUCGCCCCACAAAGCAAUAUUACAGAAAUUCCAGGUAUUGAAUCGACAAGCUCUUCAAUGAAAAUAAUCGCGGUUCCGACAUCCCAAAAUAUAGUUCAGUCAAUGAUAAACCAGUCAAAGAAACUACCUGCUCGCAAAGGAAAAGGAGACUCGCCAAUGCUGAAUUAUAUUUUCGACUCAUAUGCUACUAGCAACAAGCAUUUUCAUGACAAGUUUCGAGCGCCAUCAUUCGAAGGAGACAUGAGCUCGGAGGAUACGAUAAUUGAAGCUGACACGGGAUCGACUGUACUUUUUGACUGCCAAGUGUCUUCUUUAAGGGACAAAACGGUGUCAUGGAUAAAAGUUUCAGAAAAUGAAAACUUAGAGCUACUAACAAUAAACCUUGAUACCUACACUGCUGAUAACAGGUACCGCGUUGAUGUCGCAGGUGAAACAUGGAGGCUAUUUUUGUCUAACGUAAAAGUGCCGGAUUCUGGUGUUUACUGCUGUCAUGUAUCAACACAUCCACCAAUGCUGAAACGUUUUCAGUUAACUGUCCAUAAACCCGAAAUCAAGAUGAACAAAGAAGCUUUCCUUGAAAGUGGAGAGAAUUUGUCCCUUAAGUGUACAGUGUUUCAUUUAAAUUCAGGUGACGUAACACCUGAGUUGCAUUGGUACAGAGGUAAUACUUCAGCUCCUAUUGAUGAAAUAAGAGGGGGCGUAUUUAUCGAAACAGACCAUGUAAUUAUGACGUCUCAUCUUCAGGUCGCUCGUUUGAAAGUGGAAGAUGCUGGCAACUACACCUGCUCCCUAGAAGCUCCUAUAAAAAUGAGGACCGUCGCUAGAGUUCAUGUCUUACAAGGAUCAAGUUUAGCAGAACUGCAAAGCGGUGUGAAGUCUCAAUCUAGCUACAUUAGUCUUCUCGUCACUGCAAUACUUAUCAAUAUGGUUGCAUGCGUUGCUAUAAGAUGA